GGGGAUCUUGCUGGGUACUUGCCGGGCUGGUGCAGCAUUUCCUGGGAGGCGGGACACCCCCCCGCCCCAACCCUGACACCCCCCAACGACUGCUGUCUUCAGGCAACCCGAGGGACAGGGGCAGGACAGCGGGUAUCGCCUGCCAGCUGGGUGCAGCAGGGAGGAGCAGGCCCGCGGAGGGAGAUAAGUGUCCUUCAGGCCUUUGUUCUGAGAUAAUCUUGUGCGUUCUAGGAAGAGUUUCGUACUUUCGAGAAGGUGUUUCGGGUAGAUGUGAGGGGAGGGACAGAGCUGUGCUGCGUGCUGCUGCUUUUUCUAACCUGAGGCUCUUGUGGCACUUUACAGAGGGAAGCAGCAACUUGUACUCGUUUUACAUAUAAAGAAAGUACAGUCCUGAGAGCAAAGUUAACUGCCGCAGGCUACACAGCUCAUCGGUGGGAGAAAGCUGAAACUCUCCUCUGGUUGCUUGAGUCUGCUGCUGCUUGCAUGUGUGGAAUGAUUACUCUGUUUUUAUUUGACUGACUUGCUGUUCUUGUGCAAGGGAAUGUUCUUACUGCUGUAAGAUCUGUUGUUAGCUCUGUGCGCAGACCUAAGCUGUAGCUUUUUAAGGAGUUUAUACAUACGAGUGAUUUUACUCAGGCUACUCACUUCUAAUGCUUUUGAUUGGGAGCAUGUAGCAGUCAUAUGGGUCUCACCACCGGAGAAUGCCAAAGUUCUCUCUAGCUACUAGAUGGAUUAUGUGCUCCUUGUUUAGGGCUUUGCUUUCUGCUUCGUUGCAGCUGGCCCAGAUUCAGACCGACAGCAUAGUUGAGAUGCUCCGUGCGCUGUAUCCUGAGCUCCACUUUGAGAUUGUUGCCAUGUCAACGACUGGAGACAAGAUCCUGGAUACAGCACUUUCCAAGAUUGGGGAGAAGAGUCUCUUCACCAAAGAGCUGGAAAAUGCACUUGAAAGAAAUGAAGUUGACCUUGUGGUUCACUCCUUGAAGGACCUGCCGACUUCUCUUCCUCCUGGCUUUACUAUUGGUGCUGUCUGCAAAAGGGAAAACCCACUUGAUGCCGUGGUCUUUCAUCCCAAAAACUGUGGGAAAACACUGAGCCUCCUUCCUGAAAAGAGUGUGAUUGGAACCAGUUCACUUCGCAGAGCAGCUCAGCUCAAAAAGAAGUUCCCUCAGUUAGAAUUCAGGGAUAUUAGAGGGAAUUUAAAUACCCGCUUAAAGAAGCUAGAUGAGAAGGAAGACUUCAGUGCCAUCAUCCUGGCUGCUGCUGGACUGAAGAGAAUGGGCUGGGAGAAUCGCAUUGGUCAGCUCCUAAACCCUGAAGAUUGUCUCUAUGCUGUUGGACAGGGUGCCUUAGCAGUAGAAGUUCGUGCCAAAGACCAAGAGAUCCUGGAUAUGGUGUCUGUCCUGCAUGAUGCAGACACCGUGCUAUGCUGCAUUGCUGAGAGAGCCUUUAUGAAACGUUUGGAGGGUGGAUGCAGUGUCCCUGUCGCCGUCAGCACCAUGUUGAAAGAUGGCCAGCUGUAUUUGACAGGGGCAGUCUACAGUUUGGAUGGAUCUGAUAGCCUGAAGGAGACUAUGCAGACCAGUGUUAAUUAUCCCCAACAGAAUGAAGAUGGACCAAACGACGACGUGCAGCAUGUUGGCAUCACAGCCAAGAACGUCCCUGGUCAGGCCCAGGAAGCUGCAGAGAACCUUGGUGUUGAACUAGCUAGUUUACUUCUUAGCAAGGGAGCAAAGCAUAUCCUUAGUGUGGCAAGGCAGCUCAACGAUGCCUGCUAAACCUGUGGUGUGGUCUGCACAAUUGCCACAACUCUGGCAAUUCUUGGCAGCUAUGCUGUCGUCCUUUGGAGGAAGGGAUUUUGUCAAAUGCUCACACUGUUUUCAUCUGACACGUGGGCACAAGAGCAUGAAAUACCAGGUUAACUAACUCAAGUUGUUUAUGCUGUUCAGGGUUUCUGGCCCUCUCUGCAUUUCUCUAAAUUGCAAAGUGUCCAUUUGAUUUUUUUUUUUUUAAGGAUAUUUGUAGCUAGGAAGGUUAAAAAGAAAAAAAAAAGGAUUAAAAAUAAGCUGUAAGUGUUCUCCUAUUGCCAUGACAAACAAGGGAUUUGUUACAGAUUAGUCAGUUGUGAUGGCACUUGAGUGCCAUACUGUGUCAAACAGUACUGAAGUACUUUCAGUAGUCAUUAAAUGUUUUUUGGUCCUGUCCACUCAUCAGUGUUGCAGAGGAAGACUGCUGUUUAGCGAGUUCCUCAGUAAAGUAGCAUAGGUCUGGCUUAAGGCAGGAAAUUAAGUUUGCAGCUAUCAGGUGCAAAUUUGUCAGUCAGCCAGUAAUUAAUUGGGAAGUGAGUGGACACCCAGUCGUGUGUCCCUUACUCACUAGACUACAAGGCUUGUCAGCAUCAUUCAUAUAUGCUAAUCAUUUAAUGGGGAGCAGGAGAGAAAGCCCAAAUGUGCCUUUCUUUGCUAGUGCCAGUCCCUUCCUAUGACUGUGGGUUCUUGCACUCCCUACCAUGUAGCUAUCUGCUCAGCAAGGCUCAUGGUCCAGUGCCUUGUGGAAACACUGAAGUAGCACCUUAUCGGGGUACCGUUUUGGAAAUGAAGCAUUGUUUAUUCUCUGAAACGACCAGUAAACGUAACAGGUGAUAAAUACAGCAGAAUGGUAAGCAGCA